AUGCGGGAGCUCAACGGCCUGCUGUCGGACGACGGCCUCUCCACCGUGCCCUUCAUGGUGCUCGGCAACAAGGUGGGGCACCCCGCCGCGCGCGGCCGCCACGCCCAGCAGCAGGGCGGGUGCGUCGGUGCGGGAUGCCCCGCGUCGCAUCUCGCUACGUCCCUCGCCCGCAUGGCACACCUCAUCUUGGCCACCUCAACGCCGCCCCCCCCCUUCAAGAUCGACCUGCCCUACGCUGUGAGCGAGGACGACCUGCGGCACAGCCUGGGCCUGGCGGGCUACACAACCGGCAAGGGCAAGCCUGCCCUGGACCCCAACAUCCGCCCUAUUGAGGUCUACAUGUGCUCAGUGGCCAAGCGCAUGGGCUACGGCGAGGGGUUCCGGUGGCUCUCGCAGUACAUCAAGUGA